AUGGCUUCAACUUCGAAAGGCAACUGCUACGAUAACUGGAGUCGCUGCACACCACAGACAAUGGUAGGUUCGGCCGUUUUUUGUGAGAUGCUGGAACAGACAAACUCUGGAAAAAUUGCCAAGACUACUGUAGACAAUGCAUUGGGAAAUCUACGGGAGAAUGCUUUUUUACUGGUAUAUUUUGGAAAAGCUGUUCCGACUACUGCAGGCAAUGUUUUGGAAGAGCUUACGGGAAAUGCGAAAGGUUUUUUACUGGUAUAUUGUGGAAAAGCUGUUCCGACUACUGCAGGCAAUGUUUUGGAAGAGCUUACGGGAAAUGCGAAAGGGUACACAACAGAUACUGUAGUGGAGGCUACCAAUGCCAUUGCAAAGGUCAUCGCGUUGCGAAAUCUCGAAAUCCCAUCGUCAGGGCUACUUGCAGACUUGGACUAUAAGGAGCACAAUCGGAAUGCAACGCUUUCAAAUUGA